UUUGUUGUGUUGUCAAAGGAUACGGAAAAUCAAAGCCAACGGCAACAGGCUAGCACACAAACGAACAAACACACAUAGGUAGACUUACCCUGAAAGUGAGUGAAUAGUGAACAAUAGCACAAAUCCCGGCUACGAGCAUACGAAGCACUGACGGAAGACGUCGAACGUUAACGAAAACGGUUCUGCCAUGCACACUCACAUAAAGAAAACAUGAUGUUCUUUGUGAAAUCACGACGACCUCUCUCGGUUUCUAACCGCCUCGUUGAAGUCCUUGUUUUGGUGGUUCCAGCUGGUGGAGGGCAGCUUUCCAUGCCAUUUUGCAAAAUAAACAUUUUUGAAUUUUUAACAGUUAGAAAAUGUCUUUGCCCAAGUUGAGUUGAUUGUAUUUUUAACAACUCUUUGCAAGCUUUGCAAUUUUCCCUGGAAUCACCCUAACAAAAAAAAUCGGAAUCAGCCCGUGAAGAACCGCUGAGGAGUUCGAGAGGAGGAGCAAGGGCUAUCGCAUUUUCGUCAUGAAAAGAAAAUCCCCAGAUAAAAAUUGAUAGAAUCCGAAAAGGAGAUUAAACACCUCGCCACUUCCACGUCUUUGGUCCUCCCCAGGGGCCAGCGACACAAACUUUCCCGGACCAGACAGAGACAGUGGCAGUCGACUUUGUCACCGAGCAAGCAACAUCCAGAAACAGACUCCCAUCAAUCACGUGCCAAAAAUCAUGUAAAAGCCAAGUAAAAGUUUGAAAAUCUCAACCCAACCAAAAUCCAAUCACCGACCUAAACCAAGCCACACCAUGGAGGACUCCCGGGGAACGCGCUCGCGCAAGGACCUCAAAAAGACCCACGCCGACUCGUGGCCCAGCCGGACGUCGCUGCCGGCCAGUCCGAAAAUCAUCAAGACCACCGAGGACGACAACGAUGUGUUCGAGUUCAGCCACCAGUUCAUCAGCCGCCGGAAGCAGUCCUCGUCGGCGUCGUCCCACACGACGACCUCGGUGACCACGCCGACGGGAGGGGCGACCGGGUCGUCCUGCACCGGGGCAUCCGGGACGACGGGAGAGGGUGACGGUGACGGCGGGGUGCAGUACGAGUACGGGGCGAUUAGUCCGCGGUUUGAACGAAAACGCUUCGAGUACUGUUACCCAACCGUGUCCAAGGAGGACUUUUCCAACAGUAUAUCCCUCGACAAUCACGACAUCGAUCGCAAAAAGAAACGCAUUUAUCCCAGCAAAACGCCGGAAAAUUCUCUUGAAAAUGAACCAUUAUUCCUGGACGGUUCCGGUGGGGCGGCCAGCUGUAGUUCGCCGGGGGCGGUCACAGUGUCCACCUCGGUCACCGGCACCGGGACGGCCACCACGACCACGGCACCCGUGCCGCACAGUUCAAGGGCAAAGUCACCGGUGGUGGGGGGUCGUUCACCGCGGCACUCGCGCCGCCAGCUCAACAGCGAGAUCAACAUCACGUCCAAUCCGGGCUACCAGGUCCUCCGCAAUUCCCAUUCGACGUUGGACCGCACCUGCUCGGACAGCGUGGUGUCACUGCACUAUCACAAAUCGACCAGUGACCUGACCCAGACCACGGCCGAAAUGUCCGGAGGCGGUGGCAGUGGAGUCGGCCCCGGUUCCGGCGCACGGAAGGGACGCCGACGAAGCAGCCACAAGGGCCUGGCACUGCUGGCCAGCCGGAAGGGGUCACGUGACUCGGUCAAGAGUGGUGCCUCCAACACGUCCGUGUUCUCGAACGAGGACGUCGGUCCGCUUGCGUUCCAGUCGUCGGCCCGGGGACGCCAACGGAGGACGUCAAAUUUCCUCGAGCUGCCAAUUCCGGAUCACGCGAGGCCCCGUGUGUGCUCGUUGCCGGAGCGGCCGUACAACCCGCGCCAGAGUGACGACCUGUACCGGCUGAGGCACUUUUCGAUCAGCAAGGGAACCGUGGUCAACUGUGGCGAUUCGAUUAUAUCGCGACGGUCGAAGAGUAAUACCAGCGUCAAUUCCACGGCUAGUCGCGCCAGCGAACGUUCCCCCUUCGACGGAUCCUGCUGCGGGGGAGGAUACGCCACGGUGGACUCACUCCCGUCCUCGCCGGUUGGGGGGGAGGAGGAAGACAGCGAACCCAUCCCGACCAGGUACCGCGUGGUGAUGCUGGGCGAUUCCGGCGUCGGAAAAACGGCGCUCGUGUCGCAGUUCAUGACGUCCGAGUACAUGCACACAUACGACGCCAGUCUUGAAGACGACGAGUUUGGCGAAAAGACCGUUAGCGUCCUGCUGGAUGGCGAAGAGUCCGAGAUGAUAUUCAUCGAUCACCCGAACGUCGAGAUGAGUGUGGAGAACUCGUUAUCAACAUAUGAACCUCAUUGCUGCGUGGUCGUCUACUCGAUCGUGGAUCGCAACACGUUCCGCGUCACCGAGGAGAUCCUCAACUAUCUGUGGUCGGAGAACUACACCAAGGAGAAGGCGGUCAUCAUCGCGGCCAACAAGUCCGACCUGGCCCGGUCCCGGGCAAUCAGCACCUCGGAGGGGAAACAGUUAGCCACCUCGCGGGAGGCGAAAUUCAUCGAAACGUCCAGCGGAAUCCAGCACAACGUGGACGAACUACUCGUGGGUGUGCUGAAACAGAUCCGCCUCAAGGAGCAGCGCGAGAAGCGCGCCAGCGCCACCAACCUGCGCAACUCGCGCACCCAGAUGUCGCUGCACAUCGCCAAAGAGAUCCUGCACAAGAUCUGCCUCACCGACAUCACCAAGUCGAAGAGCUGUGAAAACCUGCACGUGCUGUAAAUCGAAUUUAUGCUCCCAAAGAAAUUCCGAAUUCACUCUUCCGAACUUUGCCAUAUCAUGAAAAACGCGCUAAGAGUUGAGACUUUUCAAAAGUAAGAAAAAAUAUUGCCAAAUCAAACAGGUAUAAACCACAUUAAGGGGAAGAAGAGCGUUUUUAGUGAACGUGUAAACCUAGUUAGAUUCACUCCAAAUCAAACCACUGUCUCAAAAAAAAAGCUCACACACGUGGGGUGGGGUAGUGGGAAAAAGUCGUAAACCUACAUAACCUAAUAUCAUCGCCACACGAGACGACGACGGCGGCGGCGAAGAAGCGCGCGAACGUAAGUACGAGUCGUAAAUCGAGUAGAAAACGUUUAACGUGCAGGGGUUUUAGCGCAAAAACAGAAAAAAAAGAGAUGAGAUUUAUUCGCAUCAACCACACUUCUAAGUAAAAAACGAAAGGCCCACAAAUUAUAUUACCCUUCCUAGUCGUAAAAUUUGCAAAGAAGCCCCGGGUGAAAUCUAAUUAGUCAGUUCUAACACGGUUUGUUAAUUUUUUAAACAGUCCGAAUUAAUUGAUCGAGGUAAAUUUUAUCUCCGAACAAUGAUCAAAUUCUUUAUCAUGCAAAGUUAUAUCAAUUUAAAACGAACAAAACAUGUUUAUGUUCAAUUAACAAGCCGUGUUCCUACUAUCCCAACAUCACUUUGCUCGGGGUUAAACGUGCUCAAAACAUGCAGAAAAGACCUGUGCCAAACUUGACCCCUCAGACUGAACCUGGCGUGUACGCAAACACACACUCUUAUUUGUCCUCUUCGGUUCCGAACCGGUGGACAACCCCUCUCCUCCCACCCCCGCCAAGUUCCCUGAAACGAAACAAAACCUGUUGCUGACGGCGGUGGCCUUUUUGGUGUGUGUUGCUAAAGUUGUUGUUGCUGUUGCCGUUGCCGUUUGUUGAGUGUUGUUGAUAGGACCCGGACCGAACCGCGCCGCGUCUUAUACAUAUGUUUGUGUUCCCUUGACAUUCACCUUUCUUCGAUGAUGCCCGAUUGAAAAAAAAAACCCCGCUCGGAGCCACUUUCGAGUGCGUGGCCAUGUGUGUCGCUCGAUGCCCUCAAGGGAUCGAGGGCGGGGAGGGUUGUUUGGCAAGUUUCACUUGAGAGUCUUUUUUUGGAUCGAAAACAGCUAAACAACAAUCCCUGUUCCCUUCGAGAUCGGCAUAUUCGCUCACCAAACUAGCUUAGAUUAGGCACUGCUCCCGAGAAAUCGCAUACGUAUUAAUGGAAGAAACGCUUCCCACCGAUUAAUAUUGCAAGUUAAUGACAACUCAAACGCUUUUAACUGUUUUCUCUAAUAGUUAUGUGCUCUUUCAGUUGCGUGUGAUGAGUAGCUAAUAAUAACAAUAAGUAUUAUAAGUGCAGCUGGAAAUGUUUGCCAAACGUUAUACAUAAGUUGGCUAUUAUAAAAGAAUAUAUAUCCUAUUGAUAGCACUGUUGAUUCUAAAGAAAAGCAAAUGGCGAUAAAUAAUUGCGCAUAUAAAUAUAUUUAAAUUACGUAUUAUGUAAGACUGGAGACAAUGAACCCAUAUAUCAAAAAGGGGAAACAGAAAAAAAUAUGCAGACAGCAGUAGGCGACAAAGACGCGACGCGACGAAACUUAACCUUAAUCGGCCUACUACUAGUAGUGGAUGUUUUCGAUGUUGUUUUAAGGAGGUAUUACACUGCAUUAUGCUUUGUUUUUAAAACAGAAAAAAAAACUCAGUUGACAAUUGAGCAGCUUGUUGUUCAUAUUUUUUUCCAGUGAAGCAAUUUAAAAACUAGAUGGUCACUCAAGUUGAAAAAUCGGUAAAAUGUCCGAAUUUUGACAGAAUCGCCAAAAAAUCUAGAAAUGUUAAUUUUUAAAGAUUUUUUUGGUACCGUAAACUGAGUUGACUUUGAUAGAAAUUUUGAUUUGCUUAAGAAUCGCUUGAAAAAAAAAACAUACGUAAAGUGUGAGCAAUUCACUACAAAAUCAGCCGAUUUCGACAAUUUAUUUUUGUAUUUUUUCAUUUGGCUGAAACUUUGUGGAAGCCUUCCCUAUAUGCAAAAAAGCUAUUUUGUGCCAUUGGUUCAUCCAUACAAGUCUCGAUAUGAUUUUGAAAAUCUGUAACUUUUGAAGGAAUUUUCUUAUCGAUUUGGUGUCUUCGGCAAAGUUGUGGGUAUCAAAACAUCAAUUUCUCAGAAUCCAUAUGUUUUAAUUUCAGAUUUUUUUUUAUGAUAUCCCAACUUUUGAGCCACAGAGAAGUACGGACAUAUACUCAGAAAAAAGGUGAGUUUUGGAAUGUUGAAAAUUUUGUAGGUUGAAUAUUAUCUCUGUUUUUGAGUAAUAUAAAACAAUGUGUAAAAAUGUGAACCUGAUGAAUAUACAUCAAAAACUGAUGAAAAUUCAUCAUUUUCUGGGGUAAAAUUAAUUAUUUUUUUGCCACAAACUCUGUCACCAUUUCCUGAGGAAAAUUACCAUCAUUUUUUUUUCUUUGUAUAAGUUUUUUGGAAAAAAUAGACAUUUUUGUAAAAAAAUGUCAACUCUUGUUUUUAAUGUAAAAUUAAAUAUUGAAACAUUUGUGGAGUUUUAUGAUAUUUUCGAACAAAACAUUUGGAAUCUUUUUUAAUCGAAACUUACAUAUCAAAAGGGCGUAAUAUUAAAAAUUUGGCCUUUUCAAAAUGUGAGGCUCAUAUUUAAAAUAUCUAGAAUAUUUUUUUCGAAAAAAUCAUAAAACUUCACAAAUGUUUGAAAUUUUAAAAUUGAAAAUUGAACCACUAAUUGCUAAACGAGCCAAACAAAAAUUUUGACCGAAAUUUAUAUUUUGUCCAAAAAUAUUUUUUUUAAUUUCAUAGCUCGGUGGCACAAUUUUUAUCCAUACUUCUCUAAGGUUCAAAAGUAGCGUCAAGGUUUUCCAGAACCACUAAUCACUUGCCAGUCUUCCAAUAAAUUACUCAAAUUACUCUUAUUACACAUUCGGUUUGAAACAUGAAUGCUUUUUAUUUUAUUUUGUACCAAACUGAAUAGUGUGAAUUUCAAGUACAAUUUUUAAUGAAAUGCCAGAAUAUUUACACAUUGAAAAUUGUUUCAACUUGUUUUUUUCCAAAAAAAUAAAUUUAUCACUUCUAUCAGCAGUCUGAUCAACAAAGUCAAAAAUAGAAAGCUAUACAAAAAUGAAGGGUUAAAGUUCCUUCAUAUUUUUUUAAUGCAAGGAAUUGAACAUUUUCCGACUGUCCAGACUUCUGUAGAUUAUGAUAAAAACUUCUGUAGAUUAUGAUAAAAAUUUAUGUAUUAAAAAUAAAUCAAUUCUAGUGCAAAAUUUUCCAUAUUUUUAUUUUCUUUAAUAAAAAUGAAUAGAUUUGGAUUCACAAAAUAUUUUUCUCUGGGUAUAAAUAUAUAUCAUGGCUUUUUGUUGGUAAUCAGCACCAUGAAACAACAUGACAAAAAUAAAUUAAAUUUUUGAAUUAUUUGAUAUAAGUUUAUUGUGUUUAUAUGAAGCACGAUUAUCACGGAUAUACGAUUUCAUAAAAUUACCGUGUAACCCAAAUAUGCGGAGGAGAGAACAUUUGUGCAUAAGACCCUCUACAUAGAGAGCCAGUUUUUUUGUUAUCUUUGUGUGACACUCUUAUUUGAAACUAAACAAAUACUGUUAUAAUAAAUUAUGAAUAAAAAUUAAAAAGUCCCGUUAAACAUUUUUUUUUAAAUAUUGAGUUACUUUAUUACUCAAAAAUUACUUAAAUUACCAAUUAAUUACUUGAAAUUACUCUAAUUACCAUUAAUUGCUUAGUAAUAAAUUAAUUACCGAAUUACUAGCUUAAAAUCCAUGCAAUUUUUAAUUACUUGCCAGUAUGAGGCCUUGUUGGAAACCCUUGAGUAGCGUAUUUUGUCCCCUAAAACAUAACAAAAAAUUCAAUAAUUAAAACAGACGGGUCGUGGCAAAUGUAGUUAUUAAAGUGUUGAUUAAAAAUUAGCAAAAAAAUUGUUACCGUGUACCUAUUUUAUCAAAAUCAUCAUACUGUCAAUUUUUCAGAAGACACCAAAAGUUAGAAGUUCUACAAUAAAACCGCAAAUAAUUUUUUUGUGUAUUUUGUGAUAUUUUAACAAUUGAAAAUUUGUGAGAUUAAAUGUUUUAUUUUUUCACCGAGGAAGUGGAGGAAAAAAUCGAAAUCAAAAUUUUACUCGCGUUAAAGGUGCACGCAACGGAGAUGAUGUCUUCUUAUUCCAAAAUUUGCCAACCUUACAAAAUAUUCUGUUAAUUUACUAAAAGUGUAAAAAGUUUGAUAUUGUUUAAAUUUAUUUAGACAAUGUUGCUCGAUGUUAUUGGUCAUUUUUGACGAUUUCAAGCAGUACAAUUUAAAUGGGCUAAACCAUUACACUACACUUUGUUUUUGUGCCAUUUAUAUUGUUUCGCUAGAUUUGCAAUCAUACUUAGGGUUAGAAAUGACAUAAAUUUAAGAUUCUAAAUUCAAAAAUAGAAUUUGAGUAGCCCCCGUUAAAGAAUUCUUGGUCGAUUUAGUGUUUUCUACAAAAUUGUUGUGAAACAAAAAAAAGCUUUUAUUUAUUUGUAUUUUGUGUACAUUAUAUUCCAAUUUCUAAACCAUAUUGUUUAAAACCCCAUUUUGAAACCGGAUUUAAAAAAAAUGUCUAAAAAAAUAAAAAGAUUCGAAUUAGAAGGCAUUGGAUUUUAUAAUAGAAUCUAUUUUCUGGCAUUAAAAUCGGAUCAACAGUUUCCUAGAUAUCAUCGUUCCAUAUAUAAAUGAGCUAAAUUGGUUACGAUUAGAAAACCAGAGGUCGGCUCAACAAAUGUCCAUAAACAAAAUUGAAUAGAAAUCAAAAAUUAUUGAUAGACUUUUAAAUUUAAAAAAGUUUUUUUUUAGCUUGAGCUCAAUUUUCAAAAUUUUGAAAAAAACUUUGUAAGUUUGCAAAUUUUGACAUUUAAAAUAUUUAGGUUUAUCUACUAUAUAUUCCUGUUCCUUCUAAAACUUCACAUCACUUCCUAAAAAAAUCAAAGUUUGGUUAAAAGUUAUGUCACUCAUAAACUCUGACCCAAAAUUUAGCAUUUUGAAGCCACAGAAAAUAUUUAUUUAAAAAUUAAUGAACUGCAGAAAAUAUUCCAAAAUCGUAUUAUGUGAUUAAAAGCUGAUUAAAAAAUUAGGAUUUUUUUAAAAAAGUGAAACAUUUAUUUUUUCAGACAGUCCUGUUUAUAACAUACAACAUUCAACAUGCACGAAACUUGCGUGGUCUAGUCUUCAAACAAAGUUUCAUACAGUGUAACACCUCCUGUAGUAGAUUUGCCUGCUUGCGAUACUAAAUUUCGGCAACGACUCUAUCAAUUCUAAACGCAAAACUAGCCGGUCUUAUCGUUGCUGCAUUAGCAAAUUCACUCAGAAAUCGUUAUGCCAAUCUUUUGGUAAAAAAAGCAGCUUUAUGUGUACAGUAGCACAAAUGGCCAUUAGAAAGAGAGAGAGAGAGAGAAGAAGAAAAAACACUCACAAAAGCUUUAAGUGGAAUUUAAAAAAACACGAUGUCCAAACAGCAGUGGUCACUUGAGAUUCUAAAGGGAACAAAACAAGAACAAUACGCGAUGGGGAAGAAGGAUGCUGAUGUUAUCUUCGCAAGAGGAGAAAGUAACUAGAAUGGAGAGGCAGGGAAAACUUAAACAAUUGUGUCACAGAUUAAAAGUUAUACAGAAAAAGGUGUACUAACAAAAAAGUUCAUGUAUUUAAUCAAUUAAAUUAAGCAUAUAAACGAGAAAAAGAGUUUCAAAUGACCUAAAUCUAUAUUAGCAAGGGCAGCAAGAAUAAAGAUAUUGCUCUGUCAAUUAAAAUUCUGGAAAUGACUGUCUAUUUUUCAAGAAGCACAAAACAUCAGUCGGAGCUUGGUCUGAAAGUCUGUAUCAAAAUAUCAAAGUUUAACUCUGACUUACAAAAAUUAACACACAAACAACUGUUGGACAGCAUCAAGAGGCAAACGUUGUCUUUAAUGGAUCAGUGUGCUUGUUACCAAGUAGCGGUAGAGUGUUGUAGUAGUGAAAUGCAGAACUGUAGAUGAUAGGCUUAAGCAACUGAUUACGGUGAAGAUUGAAUAACCAGAAAUCAAAAUCUUUCACUAGCUGUCCAUUAUUGGCAUAAAGACAUACACAUCUUCCUAGUUAUUUUUAUACAACUAUUUUUAUGUAUACAAAACUCAAAUAUAAUAUCUAUUGAAAUAUAUCAACAAAGAGAAGAAAAAAAAACACUUAUUAUAUCAAUAAUUAUAAGCUAAGCAAGAGAAGAAAAAAAGGAAGAAGAAAUAUUAUAAAACUGUUUCUAUACACAUGCUAAACACACAAAAACUCACUUAAACAGAAGAAAAAAAACACU